UAUGUAAGGAAUACACAGUUUCUCAUCUUGAUGUGGAGUAACUCGAAAGUUUAAUAGCGCUUAUUUUAACAAUGUGCCUGUAGAAAUAUUUUAAAGAAAACCUGCUUUGAGAGCUCACCUUUUUUUUUUUUGCCAAAAAACUUCUUUCCGAUCGUAAACCUAAUUGAAGACUGUCCUUAACCACUGCCAAGGACCAAGCUUUUGUUGGUUAAUAUUCAACUGUAAAAGCUCUUGGCGUGCCUGAGGAGCAAUUUGGAAAUGAGACUCUACUAGCAACGCAGACGCACGGACAUGGGCUCGGGUACAAGCCGAGGGAAAAGAGUCGCACCUGCUUGUGUCACCGAGGUAAACGUGACCAAAACAGGGACCGAUGUGACUUCACCUCAGAAGGACAGCCGCCCAUUUAAGCCUCUUAAAAUUCACGCAAUUUUGCGCAAUGUGCGUAACCGUGCGCAACCCGACUGCCACAGCGAAGGGCAGGAUUCUGACUUUUCUGGGAAUGAGGAGGAUAUUGAUGGAGAACUGGACACAGUUAUGGCAGAUUACGAAGAGCGAGGGAGCGUUUCGGUGAAGAAGACCCCUCCGAAGAAGACUUUCAUAAGAUCCAAAACAUAUGGACUGUGUCAUUUUAGCCAGGAGGAGACUGAAGACGACUUCAGCUCUGCUCCGAGGCUCCGAGCGCCAGGAAGAGACCCAGAGCCACGUGACGCACACAGCGUGUCAAGAGAUGUAAACAAGAGAGGCAAUUCUGCCUUCACACACUUUAAAAAACACACAUCUGCGUGCCCCACUGUGCACAAUUCCUCCUCACAGGGCUCUUUGACAGGAGGGGUUUUGUCGGAAGAUGUUCCCACAUCAGAAAAACAACCGACUUUCGAUAGCUGUCGUGGCUCCUCUCUCACCACGCCAGUCAUCCUGUACGAUGGAUCAGAAGAGGAGCUGAUGGACACCAUUGAGAGGGAGUUUAGUUGACCCUCAGCUAAGAAAGCUGUUCUUUUCAGAAGUCAACAUAGGAAACAUGGGGUGGUGGUGGGGGUUAGGGUAUUCUGACAAAUUUCCUGCUUCUAGGAAAGGCUGCAUGAUUUAUAUUUCUGCAGGGUUGCCAGCAUCACUCGUGGCCUUUGCAUUUAGCCAAGUCUUAUUUAACAAGAUGAAGCAGUAAUUGCAGCAUUUAAACACCAGCUUGAAUAUGUGCCAGAAAGCUCUCCCCACACGCACCAGGGCUGUUAAUUGACUGAGCCCCCCCCCCUUUUUUUUUAAAUAUAGGUACUGUAUUGUGUCAGUGUCCAGCUUGCGUCCCACUGAGCACUUAUUUGUUACCUGUCAUGGUUUAACACGUCUAUUAACAGGUAAAUGAGACAACACAGACAAUUUCUCCCAGUUCUGUAAAUGUGGGCAGCAGAAGUACAUGCUUGUGGUCUUUAGGCAGUAAAAAUGAACACAUUUCAACCAGUAGUUUUGUGUGCGCAUACAGUGUUCGGGGCUUUAGUUUUUCAUGUGGCAACCCUGCCAAGGUAUGAGCAGAGUGUUUAUUUAACGUUUCCUUCCUGACCACAGCUCCUGCUCUUUUUUCCAACCUGAUGAAGAAGGAAUGUGGCAACACAGAGACGUUUAGUUGUGCAAAAGUUCUGUUUUUUGCUGACACAAUUCAGCCAUUGAAACACUUAAACAUAAAAGCCUGCUGCCACUUAGUGGUAGAACACAGUAGUUGUGUGCUUGGGCAAAUUUGGACAUUUAGGUGGUAUUAAGCUGCUUGAAAAAGGUCAUUUUCCACCAGAAAAUUUGUAAGUAUGGUUUUAAAUAUGUUUGAAUGUGUUGGAAAUAAAACAAAAAUGCUGAGUUGUUGGUCAUGUGACUGAGAGAAAAUGUGUGUACCGUAACUUUUGUUACUGCAACAUUGCUUUGUUGACUAAUACUUAGCUGUGCAAUAAUCUACAUCAGGCAAAACAAAGUGUCAAGCUGUCAUUUAAUCAUCACAGUCACCACAGGGACUGUAGGCAGACUUACAAAAUAAAAUAUUAAUUUGUAAAACAAUAAAAUAUAUGUUAGCUAUAGCACUUUAAAACAUGAAUGAUAGCAUCUUCACUGGAUUGGCAUUUGAGGUCUUUUUU